AUGCACAGGCACAUUAUUCCAAACUGUUUCUCCGUCUCGACCUCCUGCCGGCAACGCUCUUGCAACUCAUCUCGCCAGCCCAGCUCCACACCUGUUGCUCCGUCCACGCUCACAGCAGGCCCCGCCGCCACCCGCCGCAGCUGUCAUCCAAUCAAACGCAGCUCUGUUCUUCAGAUCAGACACGACUUCACCCUCCAGCACAAGAGAGGGAUGUUAUCUAAACGCAAUCCACAAAAUCAGAUCGAUUUCUGA